GAAGGCGUGAAUAAUGGCGCCAUGAUGGUGAGGACUGGGGAGGUGGCUCGACAAUGACGUCGACGGAAGUUCUGGGGAUUGCUUUUCCGUUGUUGUUCAUAAAGUUUGUUGAAAUAAGGCUCUUCAUGGCAAUGCGGUUUCUACCGGGCGUACUGCCGCGAUUGGGCUUCAUAACCCAAUCUGUACUUUCUUCCAACCAACACCUGAAAGGCCAAACGUAUGGGCACGUCGCAGGGCCUCUCCCAGCUAUACAGGUGCCUCCACAAACAGAGGAUGACAAAGUUUUGAACGACCCCCUGAAACAUCCUGAUUUCUUCCACGUCAGUGAGCUCUUCACUGUCAAAGACCUCUUCGACGCCAGGGUGCACCAUGGUCACAAAAGAGGCUGUCGGAACAGGCUGAUGGAACCAUAUCUAUUCGGGUGCCGAUUGGAACAAGACAUUAUAGACUUGGAUCAGACGGUUCUUCACCUUCAGCAGGCUCUGAACUUCACUGCCCAUUGUGCAUAUCGGAAAGGGAUCAUCCUGUUCAUAAGUCGAGCCCGUCAGUUUUCUCAUCUGAUAGAGAAAACAGCGCAGGAGAGUGGAGAGUACGCGCACACCAGAUAUUGGCAAGGUGGGCUCUUGACCAAUGCGCACGUCCAGUAUGGCCUAGGUGUUCGCCUGCCUGAUCUCAUUAUCUUUAUCAACACCCUGAACAAUGUAUUUGAACAGCAUGUUGCCGUGCGAGAUGCUGCCAAAAUGAACAUUCCAACAGUAGGAAUAGUGGACAGUAACUGUAAUCCAAGUCUCAUUGCUUAUCCCAUCCCAGGGAAUGAUGACUCUCCUUCGGCUGUUAAACUUUAUUGUAAACUUUUUAAAAUGACCAUUCUCCGGGCAAAGGACAAAAGACGUCAAAUGGACCUUCUCCAUGGACUCCAGAAAGAAUGAAUGAAGUAAAGUGAUUAAUAUUCUGAGACAGAGCUGCCAUCAGGCAAAGGAAUCUGUAAAAACAGGAGGAAGUCUCCAUUGUAAUAAAAAAAAUUAACAAUAUAUUAAAUUAGUCUGCAGUUAGUGCACAAUCUUCUUGAAGGUUCCUUCUCAUUUUGGGACAAAGGCAGAAGGGAAAAGUUAAUGGAAGAGUGGAAGGCAAUGGGAAAGGUUUGAAAUAGUUAUUUGAGGUAGAUAUGAAAAAAUGUCUCUACAUCUGGGAAGUUCAAAAUGAUAAGCUGGGUGCUACUGUCUCCAGAAAAAAACGUACAUUCACCAGCAGGGAGAACCUCCCAAACUCAUUUCAUUCGUUCCAUUGAAAGAAAUCAUCAGCUAAUUCUAGAGUGUUUGCUUAAUGAUUUCUGCUGGCUAUUGCUAUGACCCUACAUGAGUUCAGUAUAAUUCUAAAGAUAAAAAUCUGAUGGCAGGUGCUGGAGGACCUUGGAACAAAACUAGAAUGUUGAAAAUAUCCAGGAGACCAAAUUGUAUGGCUAGAUAAACAGUCAUACCAUUGGUCGAUCAGUACUCAUUAAAACUCAGCUGAGGAACUUUGACCUAACUUUCAGCUUUCAACACAAUACUAGUUGCAUCUAGACAUUCGGACAUCAGAGAUAAGGAUCAAGGUUUGGUUAUUUGGCUCCUUGCAUAUUCUCCCCAAUUCAUGGUCAAUCAGUUGCCUCGGUGCUACUUUUCAGUAUUAAGACCAUAAGAAAUUGGAACUGAAUUAGGCCAUUUGGUCCAUCUAGUCUGCUCCACCAUUCCAUCAUGGCUGAUUUAUUAUCCCUCUCAACCCCAUUUUCCUGCCUUCUCCCCGUAACCUUCGAUGCCUUGACUAACCAAGAAUCUAUUAGCCUCUGCUUUGAAUAUACUGAAAUGACUUGGCCUCUACAGCCAAAUAUGGCAAUAAAUUCCACAGAUUUACCAUCCUUUGGCUAAAGGAGUUAAUUUGCAUCUCUAUUCUAAAUCAACAUCACUCCAUUCUGAGAAUGUGCUCUUUGGUAUUUAACUCGCCCAUUAUAGGAAACAUCCUAUCUGCAUCCAUUGUCUAGGCUGUUCAAUAUUUGAUAAGUUUCAGUGAGACUCCGCCCCCCCCCAUUCUUCUAAAACCAAGCAAGUACAUACCUAGUGCCAUCAAACACUCCUCAUAUGUUAAUCCUUUCAUUCUCAGAAUCAUUCAUGUGAACCUCCUCUAGACCCUCUCCAAUGCCAGCACAUUUUCUCUUGGAUAAGAGGUCCAAAACUGCUCACAAUAUUCCAAGUGUGAUCUGACCAAUACAUUAUAAAGCUUCAGCAUCUCAGCCUUGCUCUUAUUUUCUAGUCCUUUCAAAAUGAGUGCUAACAUUGCAUUUGCCUUCCUUACCACCAACUCGAUCUACAAGUUAACCUUUAGGUGAUGCUGCACAAGGACUCCCAAGUCCCUUUGAAACUCCAAUUUCGAAUUUUCUCCCCAUUUAGAAAAUAGUCUAUGCCUUUAUUCCUUCUACCAAAGUGCAUGAACAUACUCUGCCUGUUCUUUCAAUCUGCCCAAGUCCUACAGAUACCCUGCUUCCUCAACACUACUUUUCUCUCUACCUAUCUUUGUGUCAUCUCCAAUCUAGGCCACAAAGCCAUAAAUUCUUUCAUCCAAAUCAUUGAAUUAUAACGUGAAAAGAAACGGUCCCAGUACAGACCCCUGUGUAACACCACUAGUCACUGGCACCAACUAGAACAGGCCCCCUUUUUGCUGGAUCUUUGUUUCCUGUCAGUCAGCCAAUCUUGUAUCCAUUCUAGUAGCUUUCCUUUAAAAUCAUGGGCUUUUAAUUUGUUAGCAGCUUCAUGUGCGGCACCUUGUCAGAGGCCUACUGAAAAUCCAAGGACACAACAUCCUCUGAUUCUCCUUUGUCUAUCCUGUCUGUUGUUUUCCUCCAAGACGUCCAACAGAUUUGUCAGGCAAGAUUUCUCUUUAAGGAAGCCAUGCUGUUUUUGCCCUACUUUAUCAUGUGUCUUCAAGCACCCCAAAAUCUCAUCCUUAAUAAUGGAAUCCAACAUCUUCCCAACCACUGAAAUCAGGCUAACUGACCUAUAAUUACUGUUCUUCUGCCUGCUUCCAUUCUUAAAGAGUGGAUUGAAAUUUGCAAUUUUCCAGUCCUCUGGAGGUAUUCCAGAAUCUAGUGAUUCUUGAAAGAUCAUUACUAAUGCCUCCACAAUAUCUUCACCCACCUAUUUCAGAACCCUGGGGUGUAGUUCAUCUGCACCAGGUGACUUUUCUACCUUAGGAUCUUCCAGCUUCUCAAGCAUCUUCUCCUUAGUAACAGCAACUACACUCACUUUUGCCCUGUGACACACUCUAAUUUCUGGCAUACUGCUAGUGUCUUCCACAGUGAAGGCUGAUGCAAAAUGCUUAUUAAGUUCCUUUGCCAUUUCUUUGUCCCUCAUUCUUUGCUCUCCAGCAUAAUUUUCCGGUUUUGUUAUCCACUCUCACCUCUCUUUUACUCUUUAUCUGUUAUUCUUUAUAUAUCUGAAAGUAAACUCUGAUAUUGUUGACUAGUUUAUUUUCAUAUUUCAUCUUUUCUCUUAUGUUUUUUGUAUUUGCCUUCUGUUGGUUUUUAAAAGCUUCCCAAUUCUCUAACUUCCCACUAAACUUUGCUAUAUUUUAUGUGAUUUCUUUUGCUUUUAAGCUGGCUUUGACUUCCCUUGUCAGCCACAGUUACCUCUCUUUAAAUGUUUCUUCUUAGGAUUUAUCUAUCCUGCACCUUCUGGAUUCCCCCCAAAACUCCAGCCAUUGCUGUUCUGUCAUCCCUACUGGCACCCCCUUCAGAUCAACUUUGGCCAACUCUUCUCUCAUGCCUCUGUAAUCCCCUUUACUCCGCUGUAAUACUGAUAAAUCUGACUUGAAUCACGGGGAGUGCUUUGAUCUGUGGUUAAUAAAGUACCAUUGCAAAAUUGGUUCUGUGCGGUCAAUAUAGGCUUUACAAAAUUCUCAAUAGACACUUUAUACUCAAGAUAUUUUGAUUUUGUCUAACAUUAGAUUUAAAUGCUUGGUUGCUGGUAGAGGGGUGGGUUAAUUUCCCCAG